AUGAAUGGAACACAUGGGGAUAAGCCCCUGAAUAGGGCCGAUGAGGUCGAGCAUCUCAUUGAUGCCGUAAAAGCCUUAAUUAUUCCGUUCGUCCGAGAGGCGGAUGAAGCAAUCCCGUCCAGGGCCGCCGGGGAGCUGCUCCCGAACGCCCAGGGAGUUGUUAAAAAUACCCUCGUCAACGCCCAGAAACCCGAGGACUUGGUCCAGAAACUGGCCCUCAGUCUGCCCGAAGGGAAAGGCCGGGGUGAAGAGGGUCUGCUUGAGACUAUCAAGGAUGUCCUCAAGCACAGCGUCAACACGUGGGACCAGGGGUUCAUGGACAAGCUGUAUGCCAGCACCAACCCGGUUGGCGUAGCUUCCGAGCUCCUUUUGGGCGCCCUAAACACAAAUGUGCACGUUUACCAAGUCUCGCCGGCCCUGACGGUCAUAGAAAAGCACACAGCCAAGUCUCUCGCAAACCUCUUUGGCUUCACCGGCCCCCGUGCCGGAGGUGUAACCUGCCAAGGCGGAAGCUCCUCCAACCUGACUUCCAUCGUCGUCGCCCGCAACACCCUCUACCCGGAAUGCAAAACCCAAGGCAACAGCGGCGCCCCCGGCCCUCUCAUCCUCUUCACCAGCGUCCACGGCCACUACUCUGUCGAAAAGGCCGCCGUGACCUGCGGUCUGGGCUCCGCCUCCGUCUGGACCGUCCCCGUCGACGGGGCAGGCCGAAUGGACCCCUCCGCGCUGCGCGCCCUCAUCCAACGCGCCAAAGCCGAGGGCAAGACCCCCCUCUACGUCAACGCCACCGCCGGCACGACCGUCCUAGGCUCUUACGACCCCUUCGAAGAAAUCGCCGCCAUCUGCGCCGAGUUCCACCUCUGGCUGCACAUCGACGCGAGCUGGGGCGGCCCGGCCAUCUUCUCCCCGACCCACCGGCACAAGCUCGCCGGCUCCCACCUCGCCCACUCCCUCACCAUCAACCCGCACAAGAUGCUCAACGUGCCCGUGACCUGCUCCUUCCUCCUCGGCCCGGACACGGCCGUCUUCCACCGCGCCAACACCCUGCCCGCCGGCUACCUCUUCCACACCACCACCACCACCACCACCACCACCACCACCACCACCACAAACAAACCCCCCACCCCGCCACCCACCAACGGCACCACCACCCCCAUCCCCUACCCCUCCCCCUCAGCAUCCAACAAUUACAACGACCCCUGGGACAUGGCCGACCUCACGCUACAAUGCGGCCGCCGCGCCGACAGCCUCAAGCUCGCGCUCAGCUGGAUCUACCACGGCACCUCCGGCUUCAGCGCCCUCAUCGACAGCGCCUUCGCCACGGCGGCCUACCUCGCCUCGCUCGUCGCCGCACACCCCGACCUGGUGCUCGUGUCGACCGACCCGCCGCCGUGUCUGCAGGUGUGUUUUUAUUAUGCCCCUGGAGGGGUUGUGGCGGCGGAGGAGGGGGUGAAUACGGCGCGGACGAGGGCGGUGGUGCAGGGGUUGGUGGGGAGGGGGUUUAUGGUGGAUUAUGCGCCGGGGGAGAGGGGGGCGUUUCUGAGGGUGGUGGUUAGUGGGGGGACGGAGCGCGGGACGGUGGAGGGGUUGGUGAGGGCGGUGGGGGUUGUGGGGAGGGAGGUUGUUGGGGAGGUUUAG